UCGAAACGUUAUUUACACGUUGUACAUACAGAUAUAGUAUAAUAGGUGGUAUUUGUAACUGGCUGAGCGAUAAGAUUGUGCCUCCAUGAUAAUAGAAGAGUGGAGAGUGUAAUGAGAAAAAGAGCCUGUAUUCGACAAGGUCGAAGCUCCGGGAUAUCGUGAAUUAGAUGGAAUUAAAUCAGACUCGACGGCAUCACUUUGGCGCUUAGUUAUUCGCUGGGAAACAGCUCAAACGUCCGGCGUUUUCAGUUGAACUUGAUUAUCUUUACUCAUUUGCUCGACAGUGAUUAAAAAACCGGAAGUUCAGUGCGUAAAAGAGAUGAGAAAGCGCGUAGAAAGGGGCCGAUGAAAUCUUUCACAUGGCCCAUUCGGAAAUCCAGGACCGAUCGUCACCUUGUUUCAAGCAGCUAACCAAGAUGGUCCUAAAGGAGACUUCCUACGGUUUAAAAACGUAUCCAGCUUCCGUACACGAGAUUUCCGCUAUGUUAGUCCAUGCGCAAAGGGAGUCCCUGGACGAGACGGUUCCCGGCUCCCACCAUCGCCUUCGCGACGAAGAGGAUGACCGUCGUUUCGGCGACGUUUCGCGCCAGAAUUUAAACGUCAACCGCGGGAGCAAUCACCAAUGCGGCAGUUUUUUCGCAAAGUGCAAAUGCAAAAAUGAACUCAAGUUGUCGGGCACGUCGCGGUCCUACUCCAUUCCGGUGCCACGUGACACACACGUCGACAAACGUUUGUCCAGCCCAGAAAUAGACUUGUCCGAGGUGACCAGCCGGCAACCCAACGUGUGUCUCAAGCCGAAAAGCCCCGGAACAGCUAGUCCUUCUAGCGUGAUCAAAACGAACGUUUUCCUCAAUCAUCCCGAAAUCACAUUUCCUAUUCCGGUCGAGGUCCCUGAGGAAGAUUACCAGAAAAAAACUUUCCCAGCUCAUCUCUAUCCCGAAAUUAAAAAUAAACCGGACAAUUUUCAUAAAGGCACUGCCUUAUCCUUAAAUAACGCCAACGGAGUGCAGUCAUCCAGAGAACAAGAGGCUGAAAAGUUCCUGAAGGAAUUUGGGCUGUUCGGUCCGAUGGGGAACGAAAUCACUACAAACUUUCGCAGAAAAUCUCGACCGUCGACCGACGAAACCUUUGCGAAUCAAACGAAGAAAAGUUCCAAGUCACUGGAGGUGAAACCGAACAUGAAGAUGUCGAACGUUAAUAUUGAAGAUUACGAACAUUUGAAGAAUGUGGUGGCCAGGUUGAAGAAAGACUUGUGCGACAUGGAGAUGAAAUAUAGCGCAGCGCAAGUGGAGUUGCACGAAACGAAGAACCUGUUGAGUUCCAAGGAGAAUGAAUUACUGAAGUUGCAUAGAGAAGUUCAUAAGCUCAAGAGCGUAUUGGAACAAACAACACCAUGUCACGUAGAAGAAGAUAUUUUAACAAGUAUCCAAGAAGAAUAUACGAUGGCUAACAGUGUCCCUCAGCUGCAAAAUGGGCACACUCAUGUACACCCUCACACCGACAAUGCCCAUCAUAAGAAACAGGGUGUAUCAGCAGAGUCCAGUGAAAAAACUUUAAAUGCCAGCGAUAUCACUAUUACAAAAUAUGAGAAAGAUUUCAGAUCAAAGCAGCUCAUCAAAGAUGCGCUAAUGGACAAUGCGUUCCUAAAAAAUCUGGAUACGUCACAAAUAAGGGAAAUAGUUGAUUCGAUGGUGCCAAAAGACUUUUCCGCUGGUUCCUAUGUUUUGAAGCAAGGCCAUGCAGGUGUGCAUUUGUUCGUGUCUGCCGACGGAGAAUUUGAGGUGAUUCAAGACGACAAAAUCCUGGGGCAUAUGGGACCAGGCAAAGCUUUUGGAGAAUUGGCAAUAUUGUAUAACUGUACUAGGACCGCUUCUAUUAAAGCUUUGACGGAUUCGAAAGUAUGGAUGCUGGACAGAAAAGUUUUCCAACAAAUAAUGAAAAGAACAGGAUUGCAGAGACUUCAGGACAAUAUAAACUUUUUGAAAUCGGUGCCUCUAUUGGAAAACUUGUCAAACGAUGUACUCACGAAGAUAGCUGACGUCUUGGAAGUGGAAUUUUAUCCUGCUGGAGCUUAUAUUAUCAGACAAGGUGCCAGCGGAGAUACCUUCUUUAUCAUCAGCAGUGGAUGUGUUAAAGUCACACAGAGACCUCCAGGACAUCUAGAAGAAGAAGAAAUACGCACGCUUGGUAGAGGCGAUUAUUUUGGAGAACAAGCACUGCUUAAGGAAGACUACAGAACUGCGUCAGUAAUUGCUCUACAUCCAGGAGUCGAAUGUCUUACCCUCGAUAGAGAUUCCUUCAAUCAGCUUUUAGGUAGCUUGAGUGAAAUUCAAGAAAAAGAUUACAGGGAUGAAGAACGGAUGAACAGGCCUGUAGUUCCUGAACAACAAGAGUAUGAUUACAUUGAACUUGACGAUCUUGACAUCAUUGGCACAUUAGGUGUGGGAGGUUUUGGUAGAGUUGAAUUAGUACAAUAUACAAAGGAUCCAACUCUCACAUUUGCAUUGAAAUGUUUAAAGAAGCAACAUAUUGUUGAAACUCAGCAACAAGAACACAUCUACAGUGAAAGGGACAUAAUGUUAAGUUGCAAAAGUCCAUUUAUAUGCAGAUUAUACCGAACUUACAAAGAUUCCAAAUACGUAUACAUGCUGCUGGAAGCAUGCCUGGGCGGUGAAGUUUGGACAAUACUAAGAGAUAGAGGAUGCUUUGAUGACCACACUUGUAGAUUUGUUACGGCAUGUGUCAUAGAGGCGUUCGACUAUUUACACUCUAGAGGCAUUAUUUAUAGAGAUUUAAAACCGGAAAAUCUCCUCGUUGAUAUCCAAGGGUACGUUAAACUAGUGGACUUCGGAUUUUCAAAAAGAUUAGGUUACAGCAGUAAGACGUGGACGUUCUGUGGAACCCCAGUGUAUGUUGCACCGGAAACAAUUUUAAAUAAAGGACAUGACAGAGCAGUAGAUUAUUGGGCGUUAGGAAUCUUAAUGCACGAAUUAUUGACCGGCAAUCCUCCAUUUACGGCGUCAGAUCCCAUGAAAACGUAUAAUUUGAUAUUAAAGGGUAUUGACAUGGUUGAUUUCGAUAAUGUAGGCAGAUCCGCCCAAAGUCUAAUAAAGAAAUUGUGCAGGGAUUUGCCAUCAGAGAGACUUGGUUAUCAGAGAGGUGGAAUAAUGGACAUAAGAAAGCAUAAGUGGUUUCAAGGUUUUGAUUGGGAUGGCUUGGUUGGCAGAACGCUACCAUCACCAAUUCAACAGCCCGUAAGAGGUCCUUGCGAUACCAGCAACUUCGAUUGUUUCCCAAAAGAUAACGACAUUCCUCCUGACGAGUUUUCAGACUGGGACGCGAAUUUUUGACGUCAACUCGGUUUUUUAAACCUGGAUCUCAAUAUUACCGUCAACAAUUACUUUACGUCUUACUGAAAUUUCAAGCAAUUUAAAAAACAACUUGAAUUUAUGCAACAAACGUUACAGGGUCAUAAGUGCAUAUUUCCUAGUUUUUUCACUAUUCUUUAAAUAUUACAAUUAUUACAAUAAACAUAGAUAAUAAGUACCGUAUAUAGAUAUAAUUACAAAGUUUUAAUCUUUGUCUAAUACGUACGCCUUAUUCUUGAAGUGCCAUAGUAGUAUUCUUUAUAUACCUACCUAUAAAAGUGCCUUGAAUGUUUCUUGGUUUACUAGCCAGGUACACUUUGUGUCAAUUUAUUUUGUAUUAUAUUAUGAAAUACGCUAACCAAAUACACUUUUUUAUGAUAUGAUAAGCAAAGAAUUACAGAAGCUCUUUCCUUGAUCUAAUUUCCUUGUUGUUGGGCGUUUAGUUAACCCUAUCAAACGUGUAUCAAAAAUUUUCAAAAUAUAAUAACAAAACGUAGUGGAACUGGAUUCGCCUAGUCUUUAGAUUUCUAUUUAGUAAAAUAUCCAUCUAAGUAUGUAUAAAGUAACGCAUUGAAAAACAUAUUACAAUUGUAAUAUGUUUCUAAAUAAAAUUGCUAACUGAGUAUUUUUAUCAUAUUCGUUCAAAGUUCGGUAUAUUUUCUCAUAUAUGUUUAGUUAUAGUUGUUUUUCAACUAAGUAUUUUAAACAUAUUUUUACCUUUAUUAGAAUUAGGCUAGAUAACCGAAUAUACUUUGGAACCAAUAGUUAUGAUUUUAUUAGAAAAAUUAUAGUGAGAGAAUUGUGUUAAAAAUUUAGUACAAGCCCUAAUUAGCAUUAUUUCAUUCUUAUUUAAUUAUUUUCUCCUAUUAUUUUCUUUAAAAAGACAAGCUCAUUGCAUUUUAAAAACUUUAAUAUUUAUUGUGACACGUUUUUCAAAAUUACCAGUAGUUUAUAAAAUACUCAGCAAUGCUGUGUCACUAUAAUAUAAGUUAUAGAUACAAUAUCAAAAUAAACAAAUCAAAGGAGUAUUGAAUUAUAAAUAUUUUAAUUAAUUUUGUAAUUUCCUAUUGAUGAUAUACUAGAUAAUAAACAACAAACAACAUAUUUCUAUAAAUUGUGGUGCUGUGAUAUAUUUAACCAUAAAUUUUAAUAAUUUUAGUAAUUAAUCAAUAAUCAUUUUUUAUAUAUGUUAGAACCAUUUUUAGUAAAUAUGAUUAUACCGGAUGAUCUUCAAAAGUGGUUCACCCAUAUAACUUUUUUAUUUUUUCAGAUAAAAAAAACGAGAUUUGGUAUCUUAGUGUACGACAUAAAUAAAGAUUGACUGACUUAUUCAAUUAGUUUCGUUCACUGCCUCUUUCACCCGAAAUGACUAUAACUUUUGAUUUAAAGUGAUACUCUCUGUAUUUUUUUACUUUAUUUAAUAGAAAAUUACAUUCUGAAGAGGAUGACAUAUUGUAUGUGAACUUUUAAUAUUUUUGGUUAAAAAUAGUACCUAUUUUAAAUUAUUUCAUUCUAGAGUCCAAGACAAUAAAUAUAUAUAUAACAACAAUUUGACUGGAAAUACCAAGUAUGUGGUAAAAAAUGAAUUUUCCAAAUCAUAUGCCUCCUUCCAUUUGAACAAAUUGAGUUAUGAUUAAAAAUACGAUUUAAGCAUAUUUUAACCGGUCAGGAAAGACACGAAAAACAGUACAUGAUCAAAUCCAUUUUUGUAAAGCUCUUUGAUUAAAAAUUAAUGGUUUUAACAGAACCAUGGCAGUCUAGAUCAUACAAAGUUAAAAAAUACUGAGGGUGCCAUUUAAAAAUCAAAAUUUGUAGUCAUUUCCGGUAAAACAGGAAGUGACCGAAAAAUAUUGAAUAUGUCAAUCAAUCCCUAUUUAUGUCACAUACUAAAAUACCAAAUAUCGUAUUUUUAUCUGAAAAAAGAAAAAAAUUAUAGGGGUAAGCCACUUUGGAAAAACACCGGUAUAUGUAUAACAAUAUAAUAAUUAUAAAUUAUUGUUAAAUAUAAUAAAUUAGAUAAACUUUUAGUAUUACAUAGUCAAUCACUGGAUGUUAAAGUUAAUUGUUAAAAUGUUAUUAAUAAAUUUUAUAUAUG